GACAAGCCAUCGCUUAACUGCUCAAGCACGUGGGAUGCGUGCUGCUAAAUUGCGAUCAUUUUUUUUUUUCUUAAAAAAAAAAAAACAUGCCCACAUAAACAGGGAAUCUUCGAAGGCACAACGCAUAAGGAAGCAGCGGAUUCGAGAACAGGAAAUAAAAAAGAAAAAAAAAAGAACUCGAAAAGGGUCCCCAUGAUUCAACUAUGGCAUUGACUUAAAAACUUCGAGGUUGCAGGCAUCAAUGUCCGUUGCCUGCUGUUUACCCCUAGUUGAAUGCGUCUCCUGUUUAGCCUGCAUUCGUUGGGUGUGGAAGAAAUUCCUCUACACUGCUGGCAAGGAGAGUGAGAAUUGGGGGCUGGCAACGGCCAGCGAAUUCGAGCCCGUCCCUCGACUUUGUAGGUACAUUCUAUCUGUGUAUGAGGAUGAUCUCAGGAACCCCAUCUGGGCUCCCCAUGGAGGGUAUGGGAUGAAUCCCGAAUGGAUGUUGAUGAAGAAAGAUUACGUGGACACUGAGGGGAAAGUAUCGCCCUACAUGAUCUACCUCGAUCAUGAUAACGAGGAUAUAGUUUUGGCGAUUAGGGGUCUUAAUAUGGGGAAGGAGAGUGAUAUUCUGAUGUUGCUUGAUAACAAGCUGGGGCAGACGACGUUUGAUGGUGGUUACGUGCAUAACGGGCUGCUGAAGGCUGCUCAGUACGUUUUGGAGGAGGAGUGUGAGGUGUUGAGGGAGCUAGUUAAGAAGUAUCCGGAUUAUAGUUUGACAUUUGCUGGGCAUUCGUUGGGAGCAGGGGUCGUGACAUUGCUGACAAUGUUGGCAGUCAAGAAUAGGGAUAAACUGGGGUAUAUCGAGAGGAAGAGGAUUAGGUGCUUUGCUAUUGCUCCUGCAAGGUGCAUAUCGCUCAACUUGGCCGUUAGAUAUGCAGACGUCAUUAAUUCAGUCGUGCUGCAGGAUGAUUUUCUACCACGGACAACGGUUGCUCUUGAACAUGUCUACAAAUCACUUUUAUGCUUCCCGUGCUUGUUGUGCAUAACGUGUUUGAAAGAUACGUGCACAGUCGAGGAGAAGAUGCUGCAGGACCCGAGGAGAUUGUACGCACCCGGUCGCCUCUAUCACAUCAUUGUGAGAAAACCCUUCAGGUGUAAAAGAAUCACGCCCCUCGUAAGAACAGCAGUGCCUGUGGAUGGGCGGUUCGAGCACAUGGUUCUCUCGUGCAACACGACAAAGGAUCAUGCUAUCAUUUGGAUACUGCAGGAAUCAGAAAAGGCGCUCGACUGCAGUGUAUGAUGGAAAAGGAGCGUGUGAUGGGCAUCCCCCCGGCGCAGAGGAUGGAGAGGCAGGCGUCGCUGGCGAAAGAGCACAGGGAGGAGUAUCGAGCGGCCUUGGAGAGGGCCAUUGCUCUCGAUAUUCCGCACGCGCACUCGCCUUCGUACGGGACCUUCAAAGAGAUGGAGGAAGGUGAGAAUUCGAGCAUUCCCCAUGAUUCUUCAUAUCAGGCAUGAGUUGAUAAAAUGUAGGAGAAAUUGUUGGCUGUGGACACUAGAAAAAAUCAGAUGAUGCUUCAUUCUUUGAUUGAUGUUGAACAAAGUGUUUGGUUUAUGAGUAGUAUUCAUGUUACAGAUUUUAUGGAAA